CCUCCCCGACGCGCGCGCGCGCGAAUCCGUCUCCUCCCUGCCUUCCUGCCGCCUUGCUGGUCCCGAUGCCCGCCCGGGCCGCCCCGCUGACCCCGGAGGAGCUGCGCAGGCGGCUAAAAGAUCUAGAAAGGGAUGAAGAUGGUCUUGGUGAAAGAGAACGUGUUAAGGAAAAACUGAGUCUGAUGCACGGCUUCUUGCAAGCUGAUGUUCAGAAUCAGCUGAAAGACCUGGAGACCAAGUUUCACAAGGAGGAGCUUUCAGAGGAACUGUACCUGGCCAAAGUCAAAACCCUGCUCCACCAAGAACUCGCUUUGGAGAAUGGAGGUAACCUGGAGCUUGGCCAGAAGCCCAACGGCUGCACAGAAAAUGGUGCCUAUGGCAGUGAUGAAGAGCCCGAGAGAACAGGCAGCAAGGGAGAAGAGGACAGCACCAUGGAGGUGGAGGAGGCAGCUUCGUCUUGCUCCUCCACACCGUUGGCCUCACCCUCUAUGCCCAAAGCCCGCAGGGGCAGGAAGAGCAAGUCCAACAGUGAGAACAGAAGAUCCCCAAGCAGUUCAAGGAUCACCCGUAGUUCCAGCAAGCAACCAACCAUUGUAGCUAUGUUUUCCAAAGGAUCCAAUAAACGCAAAUCUGAGGAAGUGAAUGGAGACCUGAAACAAGAAAUUAGUGUAGAAAAUAAGGAGGAGGAAGAGGAGGAGGAGCAGCCUGGAGAGAUGGAACAAGAUGAGAAAAGAAUCAAAAUAGAAGCCAAAGAAGGGUCUGAAAUAAAAGAAGAAGCAGUCCAGGUUAAAACUGUGCCACCUGUUAAGACCACACCUCCCAAGUGUGUUGAAUGCAGGCAAUACCUAGAUGACCCUGAUCUCAAGUUCUUCCAAGGAGAUCCUGAUGAUGCCCUGGAUGAACCUGAGAUGCUGACAGACGAGCGCUUGUCCAUCUUUGAUGCCAACGAAGAUGGGUUUGAGAGUUACGAUGACCUGCCUCAGCACAAAGUGACUUCCUUCAGUGUUUAUGAUCGAAAAGGCCACCUGUGCCCAUUUGAUACUGGUCUCAUAGAAAGGAAUAUCGAACUCUACUUCAGUGGUGCAGUAAAGCCAAUAUAUGAUGAUAACCCUUGUCUGGAUGGGGGUGUCCGAGCCAGAAAGAUGGGCCCCAUCAAUGCAUGGUGGAUCACUGGUUUUGAUGGAGGUGAGAAGGCUUUGAUUGGAUUCACCACAGCCUUUGCAGAUUAUAUCCUGAUGGAACCAAGUGAGGAAUACGCCCCCAUCUUUGCACUGAUGCAGGAGAAGAUCUACAUGAGCAAAAUUGUUGUUGAAUUCUUGCAAAAUAACCCUGAUGUCAGCUAUGAGGACCUGCUGAACAAGAUAGAGACUACUGUCCCUCCUGCUGGAUUAAACUUCAACCGUUUCACAGAAGAUUCCCUCCUCCGACAUGCCCAGUUUGUGGUAGAGCAAGUGGAAAGCUAUGAUGAGGCAGGAGACAGUGACGAGCCUCCUGUUCUCAUCACCCCCUGCAUGAGAGACCUGAUAAAACUGGCAGGAGUCACGCUAGGCAAAAGGCGAGCGGCAAGAAGGCAAGCCAUCCGGCACCCUACCAAGAUCGACAAGGACAAAGGCCCCACCAAGGCAACCACCACAAAGCUGGUCCAUUUGAUCUUUGACACCUUCUUCUCUGAGCAAAUAGAGAAAAAUGAAAAGGAGGAAGACAAAGAGAACGCCUUGAAGCGCAGGCGCUGUGGGGUUUGUGAGGUUUGCCAACAGCCAGAGUGUGGCAAAUGCAAAGCUUGCCAGGAUAUGAUUAAGUUUGGUGGCACUGGGAAGUCAAAACAGGCCUGCAUAAUGAGAAGAUGUCCCAAUCUGGCCGUAAAAGAAGCUGAUGAAGAUGAGGAAGUGGAUGAUAACAUCCCUGAAGUGCCCUCGCCUAAAAAGAUGCUGCAAGGAAGGAAGAAGAAGCAAAGCAAGAGCCGAAUUUCCUGGGUGGGAGAGCCUGUCAAGACUGAUGGCAAAAAGGAUUUCUACCAGAAGGUGUGCAUUGAUUCAGAGGCCCUGCAAAUUGGUGACUGUGUCUCUGUCAGCCCGGAUGACCCCACAAAACCUCUUUACUUGGCAAGAGUCACUGCCAUGUGGGAAGAUGCUAGCACUGGGCCGAUGUUCCAUGCCCACUGGUUUUGCCGUGGCACUGACACCGUUCUGGGAGCAACAUCUGAUCCGCUGGAACUUUUCUUGGUGGAUGAGUGCGAAGACAUGCAGCUGGCUUACAUUCACGGCAAAGUCAAUGUCCUUUACAAGGCUCCCUCAGAGAACUGGUCCCUAGAGGGAGGGCUUGAUACGGAGAUCAAAAUGGUGGAAGAUGAUGGCAGAACCUAUUUCUACCAAAUGUGGUAUGAUCAAGAGUAUGCCAGGUUUGAGACUCCGCCAAAGACUCCGCCUCCUGAAGACAACAAAUACAGGUUCUGCAUGAGCUGUGCAAGUUUGGAUGAGGUGAGGCAGAAGGAAAUCCCCAAAGUCUUGGAGCCCCAGGAGGAGUCGGAAGGGAAGAUGUUUUACAGUAUGGCAGUGAAAAAUGGAGUGCAGUAUCGAGUGGGAGAUGGAGUCUUCCUCCUACCAGAUGCCUUCCUGUUCAGCCUGAGGCUUGCCAGCCCUAUCAAGCGGCAGAAAAAGGAGGCAGUAGAUGAGGAACUGCAUCCUGAGCAUUACCGCAAGUAUUCUGAAUAUAUCAAAGGCAGCAACCAGGAUGCACCUGAGCCGUAUCGCAUCGGCCGAAUCAAGGCAAUCUACUGCAAUAUUCGCAGCAAUGGCAGGCCCAACGAAGCAGAAAUCAAGCUGCGUGUAUACAAACUUUACAGGCCAGAGAACACCCAUAAGUCUGUGAAAGCCAGCUACCAUGCAGACAUCAAUUUACUAUACUGGAGCGAUGAAGAGGCCACCGUAGAGUUCAAAGACGUGCAGGGCCGCUGCACGGUGGUGUAUGGGGAAGAUUUGACAGAAAACAUCCAGGACUAUUCUGCCAGUGGCUCUGAUCGCUUCUACUUCCUAGAGGCAUAUAAUGCAAAAACGAAAAGCUUUGAAGACCCCCCAUAUCAUGCCCGUAGCUCUGGAAAUAAAGGGAAAGGGAAAGGGAAAGGUAAAAGCAAAGGGAAAUCUUCAGGAGCAAUGGAGCAGAGUGAGAUUGAAGCUGCUGAGAUUAAGCCAUCAAAGUUGCGCAGCCUGGAUGUCUUCUCUGGCUGUGGAGGCUUGUCAGAAGGGUUCCACCAAGCAGAAGUCUCGGAGACUCUGUGGGCCAUCGAGAUGUGGGAACCAGCAGCACAGGCCUUCCGCCUGAACAAUCCUGGCACGACAGUGUUCACGGAGGACUGCAAUGUCCUGCUCAAGCUGGUCAUGUCUGGGGAGAAGACCAACUCCUUGGGUCAGAAGCUGCCACAAAAGGGAGACGUGGAGAUGCUGUGCGGUGGACCACCUUGCCAAGGCUUCAGUGGGAUGAACCGCUUCAAUUCGCGUACCUAUUCAAAGUUCAAGAACUCCCUGGUGGUCUCCUUCCUCAGCUACUGUGACUACUACAGGCCGAGGUUCUUCCUGCUUGAGAAUGUGAGGAACUUUGUCUCCUUCAAGCGCUCAAUGGUGUUAAAGCUCACCCUGCGCUGCCUUGUCCGGAUGGGAUACCAGUGCACUUUUGGGGUUCUGCAGGCUGGUCAGUAUGGUGUGGCCCAAACACGCAGGAGAGCGAUUGUGCUGGCUGCAGCCCCAGGAGAGAAGCUGCCCAUGUUCCCUGAACCCCUGCAUGUCUUUGCUCCCCGAGCCUGCCAGCUCAGUGUGGUGGUGGAUGAUAAGAAGUUUGUUAGCAAUAUCACAAGGACCUAUUCAGGCCCAUUCCGAACCAUCACAGUCCGGGACACCAUGUCUGACCUUCCUGAAAUCAGGAAUGGGGCAUCAGCACUUGAAAUCUCCUACAACGGGGAGCCACAAUCUUGGUUCCAGAGGCAAAUUCGAGGCUCUCAGUAUCAGCCCAUCCUCAGGGAUCAUAUAUGUAAGGAUAUGAGUGCACUGGUGGCUGCUCGGAUGAGACACAUUCCUCUGGCCCCAGGCUCAGACUGGCGUGAUCUGCCCAACAUUGAAGUGCGUCUCUCCGAUGGCACCACCACCCGCAAGCUGCGCUAUACACACCACGAGAAGAAAAAUGGGCGCAGCAGCACAGGAGCCCUCCGGGGGGUCUGCUCUUGCGCUGAAGGCAAGCCAUGUGAUCCUGCAGACCGGCAGUUCAACACCCUGAUCCCUUGGUGUCUGCCCCACACGGGGAACCGGCACAACCACUGGGCUGGCUUGUAUGGAAGAUUAGAGUGGGAUGGAUUCUUCAGUACAACAGUCACCAACCCGGAGCCCAUGGGCAAACAGGGGCGUGUGCUUCAUCCCGAGCAGCACCGGGUCGUGAGUGUGCGUGAGUGCGCACGGUCCCAGGGGUUUCCAGAUACCUACCGCCUGUUUGGAAAUGUGCUUGACAAGCACAGACAGGUGGGUAACGCAGUGCCUCCACCUCUGGCAAAAGCCAUCGGACUAGAGAUCAAAUUGUGUGUGUUGGCCAAAAUGAAAGAGGAUGCUACAGGUAAUAUCAAGCAGGAAAAGAUGGACAUUUCAGAUUAAUUUGUCAGUAGCCCGUCACCUGCUGCUCUUCUGUUCCAGCACCUGAACACCCAAACAUGCACUGAUUGUUUUUAAUUUUCUUCGUUUCAUUUUCUGGUUUAUUUGCUUUCUCCUGGACACGCUGAAAAUUGUUGGAAGUUUUUGUUUGUUUGGGGAAUUAUUUUGUGUUCUGUCUUUCUCUUUUCAAGCCUGUAUUUGUGAGCAGUGUUUGUCUACUUGACAAUUCUGAAGCUGUUUUGAUGUUCCAAAAAACCAUUCUCAAGUGAUCAACUGUGCAGUGCCUCCCACUUCAUGCGUGUGUGUGUGUGUGUGUGUGUGUGUGUGUGUGUGUUGGGGGGGAAGGGUUGCGGGUGUUUUUAUUAUGCAUUGUAUUGAAAAUUAAUCAACCACUUUAUACAAGUGGAAAUUAAUACUUUAUGUAGUUUUUAUAUGUUGUAAUAUUUCUUCAAAUAAAAUCUCUGC